AUGGGUCUCUAUAGUCUAACUCAGCCCAGCCCAGCCCAUCAAGGUUGGACCAGACGCCACACCGACGCAAACCCUCACCACUCCCCCCUCCGUCUCGCACCAUUCCCUCGCCGCCGGCGCCGCCUCGCCGACGCCGCCAUGCUCCGGCUCCGGCGCAGCGUGCUCGCCAAGCUCCUCUCGUAUCCCUCCGUCUUCCCCGUCUCUCCUCUCCACCGCCUCAUCUCCACCACGGCGCCGGCCCCCGCCGUCGCCCCCAGCACCGGGUUCGCCGUCGAGGACUACCUCGUCUCCACCUGCGGCCUCACCCGACCCCAGGCCGUCAAGGCCUCCGCCAAGCUCUCCCACCUCAAGUUCCCCUCCAACCCCGACGCCGUCCUCGCCUUCCUCGCCGGCCUCGGCCUCUCCGGCGCCGACGCCGCCGCCCUCGUCGCCAAGGACCCCAAGUUCCUCUGCGCCGACGUGGGGAGAACCCUGUCCCCCGUCGCCGCGGGGCUCGCCGGCCUCGGCCUGUCGCCUUCCGAGAUCACCCGCCUCGUCUCGCUCGCCCCCGACAAAUUCCGCUGCAGAUCCAUCGUCGCCAAGCUGCAGUACUACCUGCCUCUCGCCGGUUCCUACGAGAACCUCCUCGGGGUGCUGAGGUAUGGCUCCUGCCUCGUCUCGUCCGACCUGGAGAGGGUGGUCAAGCCCAACGUCAUCUUCCUGCGGGCGUCCGGGCUAGCUGACUGCGACAUUGCCAAGCUGUGCAUCACUCUGCCAUGCCUGCUCACCUCCAGCUUCGAGAGCAUCCAGGCGAUGGUGCUGUGCGCCGAAGGCCUCGGUAUACGCCGUCAAUCCGGGAUGUUCAGGCACGCGCUGCAUGCCGUCGCAUUUGUCGGCCAACAGAAGGUCACCGCCAAAUUGGAUAACUUGAAGAAGACGUUUGGGUGGUCAGAUGCGGAGGUCGGCAUUGCUGUGUCCAAGUAUCCGAUGCUGCUGACGAGGUCUCACCACAUGCUGCAGAGCAGGUCAGAGUUCCUGAUCUCCGAGAUGGGGUUGGAACCGGCAUUCAUUGCUCAUCGGCCCGUAAUUGUCUGUCUUAGCCUGGAGCGCCGGCUCAGGCCCCGGUACUACGUUUUAAAGUUUCUCAAGGAAAAUGGAUUGCUCAAGGGUGAUCCGAGCUAUUAUACAGUUGUCAAGGUGAAUGAGAAUGUUUUCAUGCGGAGGUACAUGUGCCCUUACAAGGAAGCUGCGCCAUACCUCGCUGAAGACUAUGCAACCGCUUGCGGAGGGGAAGUGCCGGCUAGAUUCGUAUUUGCAUGA